AUGGUAGUGAAAAUUAGGCUUAAUGGAAUUAAGGUUCAAAUGUAAAUUGUUUUUAAAACAGAAAUUUUUGUUGUAGAACUAAUGGGAAUUCAUAAAUUUAUUUAAAAAAAUAAGUCCGUACGUUUAUUAGAUAUGAAUAUGAUUGAUCCUGAAGCAAAUAGAAGCUUUAUAAAAGUAAACAACUUUGCCUAAGUUAUAAUAAAUAAUUUCCAUGUUGAUAAAUAUUAUUAUCCUGGAGGAUUAAUAUCCAAUUAUUACCUUCAUUUAAAAAAAACAAUAUUUUCAUAAGAAAAAUAUGAUACUGAUGUAUUGUUAUAAAGAAGAACUGAUUCAAUUUUACAAAUUACAAUAAUUAUAAAUAUCGUCGAGUGA